GGCUUUACCUUGCGAAAGCCAAACGUCACUUGGAGGCUCAUGCGAGUUUCAAGAAAAGAAAAAUUCAUUUCACACUCGUUGAGAGCAUCUUCAACCGGAGAGAAAGUUCAUAAAACAAAAACCCUCACCACCACCAAGCCCAUCGCACAACUUCAAUAACACAUAAAAUCAAUGGCCGAGAACCUCGACGUCAACGCCAAAUGGGACGCCUGUCUCGAUCUUACGGUCCGUCGCUUCGUUUACUCUUCCUUGGCUGGGGCCUUUAGCGGUCUCCUUUUCUUCAGGACUCCGGUGACUCGUUGGGCAUCAGUGGCAUUUGGUGCUGGAGUGGGCAUUGGAUCUGCUUACACUGAGUGUUCUCGUAUUUUUUAUGGAUCUCCUACAAAGUUGGCAUCUCCUAAGCCGUCAAAUGCUCCAGCGCAAGAGACAUGAGCCCUAUGCUUUGGAACCUGGUUUGUUUGCUUCUGUUUCAAGUUCUGUUUGGAUUCUUGUGGGCAUUAUUGUACCUGAGGGUUGCUGGACUUGUUGCAGUGUUCUGAGGAUGGUUUUGGGCCCUUUUUAUGUCGCUGUUAUCAAGCUCUUGUGUUUGUGCAGCCUUGUAAGUUGCUGGUUGUGCUAUUUGUGAGCUGUUGUGAGGGAGUUAUUGGCUUCAAUAAGAAUCUCAUCAAGGGGGAGUGUUGGAAUUGAUGAGAUUCCGUGCUCCAACUUGAGGGGAGUGUUAUAAAAUAGGAAGUAAAUAUGUGUAGGUAUUCCUGUAUUGGUUAGCAUAAUUUUAGGGAUUUUAUUCUUUUCCUAUUAAGGGAUUUGAGUUGUAUAUAUUUGUGUGUGUGUAUUAUGAAUGAAUAAAAUUAAGGAUUUCUAAUUUAAAAUUAACACUUUUCAACAGCAA